GGCGGCUGGAGCGACAGCGGCGGCGGCUCGGCUCCUCCUGCGAUCCCUCCGGCGGCGGCAGUCUGUGCGCUGCCCACGCGCACGCCCCUCUCUCCCGGCGGCGCACGGACACACGUGGGUGGGUGCGUGCGUGGGUGGCUUCGACGAUGGCCCGCGCGCUGCCGCGACGUGGCGGGCAGGCCCGGGGGCGCGGGACGGCGCGGCCCGAGUGAGUCGGUAGGGAGAGGGCGAGAGCUGCUCCGCCCGGGAUGGGCUCGCUGCCGCUGCCGGCGCUGCUGCUGUGGCCGCUGCUGGCGGCGGCCGCGGCGCUAGAAAUCGGCCGCUUCGACCCGGAGCGCGGGCGCGGGCCGGCGCCGUGCCAGGCGGUGGCGAUCCCCAUGUGUCGUGGUAUCGGCUACAACCUGACCCGAAUGCCCAACCUGCUGGGCCACACGUCGCAGGGCGAGGCGGCCGCCGAGCUGGCCGAGUUCGCGCCGCUCGUGCAGUACGGUUGCCACGGCCACCUGCGCUUUUUCCUGUGCUCGCUCUACGCGCCCAUGUGCACCGAUCAGGUGUCCGCGCCCAUCCCCGCCUGCCGGCCCAUGUGCGAGCAGGCGCGCCUGCGCUGCGCCCCCAUCAUGGAACAGUUCAACUUCGGCUGGCCCGACUCGCUAGACUGCGCGCGGCUCCCCACGCGCAACGAUCCGCACGCGCUCUGCAUGGAGGCGCCGGAGAACGCCACGGCUGGCCCAGCCACUGAACCGCACAAGGGGCUGGGCAUGUUGCCCGUGGCGCCACGGCCCGCCAGACCCCCGGGCGAGGCAGGCGUGGGCCCAGGCGCGGCGGAUUCGGGUCCUGGCGGCGGCGGCGGCACCUGUGCGAACCCGGAGAAGUUCCAGUACGUAGAGAAAAGCCGCUCGUGCGCGCCGCGCUGCGGGCCUGGCGUCGAGGUAUUCUGGUCUCGGCGCGACAAGGACUUCGCGCUCGUCUGGAUGGCCGUGUGGUCGGCACUCUGCUUCUUCUCCACCGCCUUCACGGUGCUCACUUUCCUACUGGAGCCGCACCGCUUCCAGUACCCAGAGCGCCCCAUCAUCUUCCUCUCCAUGUGCUACAACGUCUAUUCCCUGGCGUUUCUCAUUCGCGCUGUUGCGGGCGCGCAGAGCGUGGCCUGUGACCAGGAGGCGGGUGCGCUCUAUGUCAUCCAGGAGGGCUUGGAGAGCACAGGCUGCACGCUCGUCUUCCUGCUGCUCUACUACUUCGGCAUGGCCAGCUCGCUCUGGUGGGUGGUGCUGACGCUCACCUGGUUCCUGGCAGCCGGCAAGAAGUGGGGCCACGAAGCCAUCGAAGCGCAUGGUAGCUACUUCCAUUUGGCCGCCUGGGGCCUGCCUGCGCUCAAGACAAUUAUCAUCCUGACCCUGCGCAAGGUGGCCGGGGACGAGCUGACGGGGCUGUGCUAUGUGGCCAGCAUGGACACGGCGGCGCUCACGGGCUUCGUCCUUGUGCCCUUGUCCUGCUAUCUGGUGCUGGGCACCAGCUUCCUCCUGACUGGCUUCGUGGCUCUCUUCCACAUUCGCAAGAUCAUGAAGACGGGCGGCACCAACACAGAGAAGCUAGAGAAGCUCAUGGUCAAGAUCGGGGUCUUCUCCAUCCUCUACACUGUGCCGGCUACCUGCGUCAUCGUCUGCUACGUUUAUGAGCGUCUCAACAUGGACUUCUGGCGCCUGCGGGCCACGGAGCAGCCCUGUGUCGCCGCCACCCUGCCUGGAGGCCGCAGGGACUGCUCCUUGCCUGGGGGCUCUGUGCCCACCGUGGCCGUGUUCAUGGUCAAGAUCUUCAUGUCGCUGGUGGUAGGCAUCACCAGUGGUGUCUGGGUGUGGAGCUCCAAGACUUUUCAGACUUGGCAGAGCUUAUGCCACCGCAAGAUGGCAGCUGGACGGGCGCGGGCCAAGGCCUGCAGAGCCCCUGGCAGCUAUGGGCGGGGCACUCACUGCCACUAUAAGGCCCCCAGCGUGGUAUUGCACAUGACUAAGACGGACCCUUCUCUGGACAACCCCACACACCUCUAGGGACACAGGCCUGGAUGACCCCACUCCCUGUGGAUGGGGUGACACCUGCUGCCCCUCCCCCAGCUAGCUGUCAAGGUCAGGCCAGGGGAACAUGGUGAGGGGAGGGCUGAGGACCCAGUGAGGUGCCAAGUCUGUGUCCCCCAAUUAAUGCAGGGGGAUGCAGGACAGCCUGAUUCCCCUACAGGCACUUGGGAGAAAAGGGCAGAAGUGGGCCUGACCUGACCUUAAAGUUUAUUUAAUGAUGUAAUUUAUUGUUUUUCUUUUUUUUUCCUGGAAGCUGUGACUGGAAUAAAUGCCCCCUUUCCCCGUGUGGCACCGCCGAGUCCUCUCUGGACUGGAAAAGAGGGAAGGUUGGAGGGA